GUCGUAGAGUUAUACACGCGACGUCGCGAUCGCGAUUAUACAUUCCCUCUCCCUUCUCCAGUCUACCUGAAUCUGUCGUAGCGAGCGCUGCCGUUGCUGUGCGCCGCGACGCUGCGAUCGAGCGAACGAAUCCGACGAGAGCAGAGCUAGUCAGCUUGUCACCUAGCGAGAGCUGGGAGCCAGUCGUGGGGUCAGUUAGUAGAUAUAUUAUGUCAAAGCGAGACGCGGCGGUCUAUCGAGCGUGAGCGACCGCGUAUUUUAUCCAUAUAUACUCUUAUAUACUCGCACGCGGGAGUGUCGUUCGGUUAACGACUUUUCGUACGACUUUCGCAAGUGCAAUCAGCCGGAUGCAAACGUUUGAAACGCGCGUUCGCCGUGGCCGUCACCGGCCGUUGAACAUCUCACUCAUGGCUAAACACGUCCCAUAGGCUGCCAGUAAUAUCCUGGAUGCGAAUGUGUGUUCUUCGCGGUAUCGUCCUCGCCGCGUCCCUUUUCCCGAAAACGUCGCUAUGCUGACGCUGCAACAUCAAUUGGAACAGACAAUAGCUCGAAAAUGGGGUUGAAACGACGGCGUAACAAAUUGAGCGAGACGUCGAUGAAGUAAAUCAGCUUAGAUUCCGUAAAGAAGAUGAUGACUACCAUGGCCCGGUUGCCUUGCAAGCAAUCGUCUUCGCCCUCGCAGCAACCGAGAGUAAACAAUUUUGGAAACAGUCGGAAUCCUUACUGGGACAUGCAGCAAGCUAGACAUCCUGCACCGCCGUAUGUCAGAAAUCAUCAUCGGCAUACCGAUCAUACAGGAAAACGGAAGAGUGCCGUGGAACUGCUGCAAGAGACGAAAGCCUUUUAUGUGAAGAGCGAGACUGUACUGGAUCGGAAGCAGGAACUGAAAAACAGCGGCCACCUACAGGUUUCGCAGCUGAGCGCUCCCGGUGCACCACCUCCCAGAUUAUUGCGAAAAUGUACCGGCAAUUCGUCCGCCUGUCCGAUGCAGCCGACGUCGCCGUCGCAGUUACAGCCAACCCCCAUGACGCCGCCCUGUUGCUGGGCUUCGUGUCACGAACAAGACAGACUAGACGGAAUUCUGAGUCCUCAACAAACACUGCCACCCGCGCUGCCACCGAAAAGUCCACGUUUAGUUCCAGUUCCCCAAAGACGGACGAUUUCAGGACCCCCGAGCAGUACCGGAGGCGAUCAAUUGCAAACGAAGUUACGUCGUCUAUUAAACACUGACAGCAAGGAAAACGUAUUUUUUUCUGACAGUCCGCCGCAGAGUUCGACACAAAGCAACGGUGUGCCCACAACACGAGAAGAAAAAUUUCGAUAUUCGCCUGGCAGUCUAUCGCCUGGCUGUCGAGAUGAGGAUCGUAUAUUGCAUUGCGCGCCGCAGGAUGUUCGCUUCAAGUUCGGCAGAAGCAACUCACACUCGCAUACUUCCGGAAGAUCCAGUCGCAAGUCAAACAGCUCUCCAUCGGUGGAGAAUACGAUAUGCCACAAGUCUUUGCCGGAUCUCCACACAAGCACACGUCGUCGGGCAUCACUCUCACCGCGUGCAUCUACGAAAUUAUCAGCGAAGCCAUCUGCCCAUCAUCAAGCUACAAACACGAGCAAUUGUCCGGAUUAUGAAACUAGUUCGGAUUAUUCGGAUCACAGUUUUAAACGUGAUUCCGUUUGCUAUCGCAGUUCCCGCCAUAUUAGACGAUCUUUGGGAUCUGGUGGUGGUGAUGCGAGCAGUGUAUUAUCCUCAGGUGGACGAACGCAAAAAUCAUCUGGUUCUAGUAAAUUAAGCCACGGCGCAACAGCCAGGGACUCUGGUGGUUCCUCUGGACACUGUACUCAUCGUAGCGAACCAGCACCCAGGAUACAGGAUUGUUGGACUCAUAUACGCAGAGAUAGUGGAGCAUCCACGCAACAUUCCACCGAGAAAGAUCGAUCGAGGAAAGGUAGUUACAUUGGUGGUACACUGCCACCGGUUGUAAGACACUAUAGCCCGGAUUCUGAAAGUAGUAAUAGUCAAACGGACUACAGUCCGACCUGUAAUUCAAGAUUUUCCGACGGUUGGAAGGAAGGUCGCGGUCGACCAAUUCUAAGAUCAAAAUCGGAUAUCAGUGAUCGAUAUUGGCGCCAGGAUAACGGCCGUUCCAGCAAAGUAUCAUCCCGCCCUCCGCGAUCGAUAACUCAGCUUGAGAAUUUCUUUGACCGUUUAGGACUGGAUUCGGAUAACUAUCAGCGUAUAACGGAACCCGAUUCGAAAUCUUCAUCACCCAUAUUCUUCGACAGUGUCAGCUCUGUAGAUUCGGCAUUGGGUCUCUAUUCCUGGGUCAGUAAUAAUCAGACAAACCAGAGUAAUCAGUGGCAAAACAACUGCAGCAUUGGUAUGGGUAAUGACGAAUGCAAUCAAAGGGUAAAUGAUCCGCCGAGUAUUGUCGAACGAAACGCGCGUAUUAUCAAAUGGCUUUGCCAGUGUCGUAAAGUGCAGUUAGGAUACAGCUAAACAACGAGUUUUUCAACGUGGGUAAAUCUUUCAUUUCCAGUAACAAUAUAUUCGAAUCUCAACGAUAUAAUGCGCUUUUGCCUUCUACAAAUGAUAUAUCAGAUACUUCGCAUUCAUACAUUUCUCGUAAAUAUGGAAUUGAUUAACGCUUUUUAUUCUUUUUUUUAUUAUUUGUAUAAUUUAACGAUUUUUGUUAAUCCUGUAUUAGCUGUUUGUAAAAGUACGAUUAUUGUUUUAAUUUAUUGUCCUUAAUAAUAGAAAUGAAUUUGUGCCAUUUUACAAUUAAUUGUUAUGGUUAUAUGUUGUGCCUUUCGUCAAACUGUGGUUAUAAAUUCAGGGUAAAGUUUUUGGAACAUAUUUACGUGAUAUGCGGGUUGUCGUACAUUAAUUUUUAUAUUAAAAUCUGUAUAGAAAAAUUUUUGGUGAUGUCUAAUAUUUUUGCGAAGGUACAUUGAAAAAUAUUUGUUUAUAUAUAAUAUAUUUCUCGGAAAAAAUCGUUAUUAGGUUUUAACAUUAUUAAUCUUGUAAUUAGUCUAUAGUAUGUUAUGCGAAUAUUUUUUCUAUUUCGAGAGCAAAGCAAUAUUAGAUUAUUACAAAAUAUUAGUAAUUGUGUAUAAGAAAGAGAGAGAAGUUGGAAUUUAUUAAAUUUUAAUAUAAAAAGAUAUAAAUUUGACGACAUAUAUAUGUGCUGUAUCUCAUUUUUGAUCUUGAAAAUGAUGAUUUGGUUUACUAGAAAAAGUACUCAGAUGAAAAAUAUUUACCUCGAUUUUAGGAGAACGUACAGAUCUAAUUUCGUAAAAAAAAAAAGAAAAAAUUAAAAAAUGUUGCCUUUAUAUAUAUAUAUACUCUUGAUAGUUUCUAAAAAUCAUAUUUAAAAUGAAACAGUUCAAUUGAUGUUAAUAUUUCAUGAAAUUUAGAUAAUCAAUAAGUUAUAUAAAUAACUUGAUGUUAAACAAUAGACAAAAGAAUGAUUCCAAUUUUGUAGUUUAGUAGGAAUUGAUGUGAUUUAUAUUAAUAUUGAAUAAAAUGAAAACUCAUUUAACAUUAUUCUAUUUUAAUAAUAAUCUACAAAAGUUUGUGCUAGCUUCACUAUACAUUAAGCUUUACGCUCAUCAAUUUUUAUUUUACUAUUAUGCACACAAUGUAAAUCGUACAAAAAAAUAUAAUAUCUAUAUAUCUAUAUAUAUACAUAUAUUUUUUAAAUUUACUUGAAAAAUCUGAUAAUAUGCUAUCUUUAGACUGAACUCUAUAAGUUACAAAAACUACUAUGAAUUUUAAUGCAAGCUGAAUUUUGGUUUUGUUUUACCAAUAUUAUUGGAUAAAAAUUUGUUAUUGUACUUACAAUGUAAAUAUAUAAUGUAGACUUUGUUGCAUUGAUUUGGUAAAUUGUAAACUAAUUAAUUUAGCCAUGUUUGAUUAUGAUAAUCAAUCUUUUAUAUUUUGUAUUUCGAAAAUCACGCGUGUGUGCGUAACUAUUAUAUUUUAAUAAUGAAUUAAUUUCUAUAUUUUUACCGGCAGAGAGUUGUACUUAUAGCUCUUUAGUUAUUUAAUUUUAAUUUCUUUUUUAUAAUAAAUAUUUAAUCACACACAAUUAAUAUGUGAUGAUAAUGCACAUUUUGUGUAAUAUUUUACACAUGUGCAUAGAUUAUUCUUCUGAUUGAAUAUCAAUGUAUUAAAAUAUAUAGAAUUUAAUAUGUAACUAUAUUUUAUGAAUAAGAAAAUUUGUCGGUUUGCAUUGCCUGUUUUUUAUUUUAAAAACAUUUUACUUUUGUCAUGUUAUAAUAAACAAAAAACUAAUGAUUUUUGCAUAAUCCACUUAUAAUUGUAUAAUUCUAUCCUACAACAUGGUAGUGUAGGAAAUUUUGGAUGUUUACAACAAGAUGUUACAUGAUUUUAUAUAUAUAUAUAUAUAUAUA